CCGACUCGAAUCAUGGCGGCGGCAGCAUGGCCAUCCGAGCUUGUCUUCACGCCACUGAACCUGCCGCGAAAAGAGUUUAUCUUGAUCAAUGACGUCGUCGAAGCAUCCGGUUCCUUCUUCAUGCACCACAUCACGUCCAUGUUCUUGAAAGCAGAUCAACGUGUGUGCGUUGUUGCAUUGGCCGAUAGUUUGGAUCAUUUCGCUGCCGUCGGUCGCAAGCUGGGUGCGAAUGUCGUCAAAGCGCAACACGCCAGCCCUCCGUCGUGGCUUCACAUUGACGGGUUCUCGCACCCCGCAGACUGGUGCAAGCCACAGCAUCUUCAAGAAGACGCCCCAUCAACCCCUUCCUCUGUCCAUGCGACGUUCUCCCCAGCCUCCGACGACGCCGCAUCCCUCUGCGCGCUGUUUUGUCAAGUUCGCGACUUUGUAGGCACUCAAAGCAGCCCGGUUUGCAUUGCAGUCGACGACACGUCGGCCCUUGUGGAUAUGUUUGGUGUUCGAAACACAUUGACGUUCCUUCGCUACUGCCGCCACUUGGCGUUGUCGACGGCGGUACUUCCAUUGCCCGUGUGUCCUUCUGCCACGUCAUAACCUUGUCGUUUGUAUAGUCGGUGUUGGUGGUGGUCAAUCACACGGACGUGGAAGCCGACGGCAUGUAUUUUACAGCCGCGUUGACCGACUUGGCUACGUUUGAAUACUCGGUCCGAGGACUGGACAGCGGGUAUUGCAAGGACAUCCACGGCGCUGUACGUAUGUUGAUGUGAUCUGACUGCUAAUAAUGACUUAAGUUCCUUCUACUAAUGUAUUCAUAGGUGACAAUGCGGCGACCCGUGCUGUUGGCAGUAGACAAACCACUAGACACCGAACGAGGUGUGACUGUCCAGUACAAGCUCGUGGAGAAUGGCAUUCGCGUGUUUCCAUAAAAUUCCGUACUACAAAGUACUGUUACCGUGAAAUACCAAGACUCACAUAUAUAUAUAUAAUAUAUCAGGACCCCGGGUCGAAGAUACACAGUGUUUGGUCGACUCUACAAGCA